AUGGACUUGGCGCAGACAAACCCUCCACGGAGGGGUGAAGGCUCAUCUGUAAUGGGAUCUAGCAACAGCUCCCCUGCUGGCCCAGCCCGGCAAGGCCAGGGAACUGCCUUCCCCGAGGCCGGCGGGCAGAGGCCUGGGAACAUGAAGCACAUUCCAGAGGCUGGCAUCUGGGCUUGCGGCUGCCGGACGCAGCCAGCGGCCGCAGGGCAGGGGCAGGGCAGGUCUGUGGGAAGCGGCCGGUGGGCCAGCUUGGCUCUGCGGCCUCGGGCCUGCUUACUGAGAGCGACAGUUGUGUCUCGAAAGUGUGCUUUGGGAGGCUGGUGUCCCUGUGGGGUGGAGAGGAACUUUGGCACUGGAGGGGGGCAUGGGUGGGGGCAGUACUGCCUGUAUCUUUUUGCCCCCGACUCAGGCCAAAGGGAAACCCCAAAACUACCACCAAGCCACCCCGAUCCUGGCUUGGUGGCACCAAUCAGCUAA